GAGGAGCUGCCCGAGGGAGGGAGAGUGGCUGCCUGGAGGAGUUGUCCCUAGGAGGCUGAGGAGUGGAGAAGGAGCCAUGAAGAAGGGGGGUGAGAUUUCUGACAGUGACAGUGAUGAGACAGUAGUGGAGGGCUCAGUAAUUGAGAGUGACCUAGACGAAGAGGAGCUGCACACGAAGAGGUUAUCUUUUGUUAAUAAGGAGGUAUCUUUAACAACUGAAACCAUCUUUGCUGCCGACAUAAGAAGAGUAGAUGGAGUUUUAGAAAACCUCUCCCCAGAGAUUCAGCUUGUCUGUAAAUUCAGUGAUAAUCUAAAAAAUAUGAAGCAAAAGAACGAGAUAAAUCCGCUGGCUCAUAAAAUGAGUGAAACUGAACAAUCUCAGUCUCUGCUCCGGGGUGCAGCAUUUACUACAAAGAUUUCUCAGCCUGGUCUUCCACUAAACGCCUCAGUAGGUAGAGAGCAAAAUUACUCUGUAGGUUUAGAUACUGACAUGUCUGGAUUUCUGAAAACAGAGAGAAAGAUUUCACAUCGAUUAAAUGAUGAAGAUGACUCUCCAGAAAGAAGCCUACUGUCAAGUGCAGUUGUAAAAGAGACAUUAAUGGCUCCAAAGGAAUGGACACCACGGAAUGUAUUUCCAGGGGUUUUAAAAGAUUGUCAAAGUGCCACUAUGACCAUUACUGAGAUAGAUAUUACGGUAAAAGAUAAUUCUCUUGAGAAGUCUAUACCUGACUUUAUUUUAUCAUCAACAUCAGAGAAGAUUUCCAGGGAAACAUUAACUGUACAAAGUAUAAUGGGUGAUGAAUUUGAAAUUAGAGAUUUGCUGAAACCACUCAGUGAUUCAGAGAGUCCAGAAAUGAUAAACCCCUUGCAUGACACGUUACAGUGUCAAGGUGAUGCUCUAUCUGUAGAUGUAUCAGUAGAUGAGAACAGCAAUGUCCUGCCAAUAGAGCUUCUGACAGCACUGAACUCCUUUUCAGAAUUUGUAGUACAGCCUGUCUGUCAAUUAGUAGGGAAGGAAAGAGAGCUUAAUGCUGAAGAAGAACAUGUGAGAUCAGAAUCCAGUAUUUUCCAGAUAGAUGACUGCACUCAAAUAACAGAUAACAGUUUUGAACCUCAAUUUUCUGUGAAGCAAUUGGAAGAAAUAAAAGCAUUAACAGAGGCUCCAUUUCAGUGUACUUUAGAUGAACAACUUGUAGGUAAGCAGAAGAACCAGGAUUUGAUAAUUUCUGAUUAUUGCAAUGUCGCCUCUUAUGACAAACAAGCUGGUGAAGGAAAUUCCGGUUCAAUAGAGAAUACCUCGGGUAUAGAAACUACCAAAGCAACUUCUUGUAUAUUAAGGAGGUCAACUCGAUUAAGAGAAAACUGCACUAGAAAGCACAUAGAUGAAGCUUCCAGUUGUUAUAAAAUGCUAGAAGAAACUCACCAAAGAAUAUAUAGUAAUGACGAAGAAACAGGAAAUAAACUUUCAUCUAAAGAUUUUGGUAGAACACAAGACUCUGCUUGUAAGGACAGCAAAGAACAGCAAUCAGAGCUGGAAGCCAGUACAUACCAAGGAUCAACUAUGGAUGUAAACAGCGAGGUUGAGCAGAUGAGGAAAAGCCAAAGGCUUGCAAAGAAAAUUACAAAACAAACCUCUGUUAAAAAAAUUUCAAAUACUGCACCUGUUGCCUCCAUUCCUCUUUCAAAAAUCUAUCGGAAAAAUCUUUUUGGUGAGACCUUACUGCAUAAAGCUGUUGCUGAAGAUGAUAUAGACCUUGUACGCAAAAUUAUAAAAGUUGGUGCAAAUGUAAAUACUCAGGAUUAUGCUGGAUGGACUCCACUACAUGAAGCCAGUUUGGCAGGUUUUUAUAAGACAGCAAAUGAGCUUUUGAAAGCAGGAGCUGAUGUUAACUGUAAAGGAAGUGAACAAGUAACACCAAUACAGGAUGCAGUUAAAGAGGGACAUUAUGCGGUGGCAGAGUUACUGCUUUGGUAUGGAGCUGAUCCGUUAUUCAAAAAUGAGACGGGGAAGUGUGCCUUUGAUGAAGCUACGGACCAGCGUAUGAAGAAACUGCUUGAAAGUUAUAUAACUAAAUCUAGAAGAGGUUCAACAUCAGCUAAAAAGGAUGUAGAAAGUACAUUAAAUGCUCAAAGAAUAAAUGACACAAACCAGCACCAGUUGGAAGUACAUUCAGAUAGCACAGUUCACAAUUCAGAUGUUGGUAAUAAUAAUAUAUCAAAGCAAGGAUUUAUCAACUUUGAACAAAGUAGCAAAGAAAAUUCAAUAAGAAAUGCCAAAGGUUCCAUCUCCAGAGUAUUUGAGGAUCAUAGAUUGUUGAAUGAAAAAAACUCAAAAGAUACAAAACUGGUUCCAACACAGAGAAAGAAAUCAGCAGGGACUGUAGAAAAGAUUGUAUCUAUUGAGAAUGUCAGUGAGUACAGGACAAUUGUGCCUCCUUCAGAUACAUCUAGAGACAAAACAAGAAGCAGAAGCCACAAAACAUAUGACCCUCAUAUUGGACAUAACAACAUUGGGUUCACAGUUAAUAUUUCUUUCUCAAAAAGAAUAACUAGGUCCUCUGUACAUCAUAAUUAUAGUUCAGAUAAUAUUUGUGAAGUAGGGGGAAAGCCCAGCAUACCCAAACAGACAGAAAUGCAAAAAGAACAUGACUUCUAUAAUAGUGAUACUCCAGUUUCAGAAGAAAAGGAGAAAACUUGUGGAAACAACAACAAACCUUCAAUAAUAGUGACAGACCAGGUAACUGGUUUACUGUGCACUGAAUCCUCAAUUCCUGUAGUGAAAGCAUCUACAGAGCAGUCUGAGAAUGCUGAGUUAACAGAACUUGAUUCUCACUCAGUACUUCCUUUGUGUGAAGAAAUCAGUGUGCCUCUUGUGACUACAGAGCAAUGUUCUAUGAAUCAGGAUAAUGAACGCCAUUGUUUUAACCACAAUAAAGAUGGUAGCAUGGGUGACAAGAGUUUGAACGCAGCUAAGAGAAUAAGUAGUAUCCACUUUGUUGAAGAAAACAUCAUUUACAAUGAGAAUAAUAGACCAUCAGACCAGUUUCUUUAUUCUGAAAACUCCAAAGAUCAAAUUAACUUUGAUAUCGAUAGAAUUAUUGAGGAGGAACAAAGUUUAAAACACUCUUUACCUCUUUUUGGAGGUAUUUCUUUACAGGGAAACCGGCUAGAAUCAGAAAGCCUAACUACAUUUUCACCACAGGGAACUGUAAAGCUCACUGAUUCAGGCUAUACAGUCCUACCUGAACAGUAUAUUGACAAUGAGAAUCAAAACAUUUAUAAAAAUGUCUCUAAAGAUGUAGAUAACUGUACUGUACAAACACUUCAAACAAGUACAGAAACGCUUUCAUUGCAUGAAUUUUCAGCAGCUGUUAAUAGAGCUAGUGAUUCUGAAAGUCCUGAGAAUUUUAGCAUCAGUGUGCUAAGACCUUUUGCCCAUCAAACAGAUGAGGGAAUGAGGAUGAUGCUAAGCACAGAAGGAAGCACUGGAAGAUGUUGCACUGAGAAAAUUGAAGAUGAAAUGAAUUCAGAUAUUAACACAUCUACAGCUUUACAGUUACAUGAAAAAGAAGCAUUUCAAGUGAAAAGAAAGGGACAGGACAUUCAGGAAAUUAGCUUAGACACAGAUUUGUAUUCCACUAGUUGUAUGAACAAGAAUUUACUUCAUCCAUCUCAGCUGACCCAAGAAACAGAGCAGGAAACUUCCCAAAAAUCAGAUGAGGGAAUGACUGCUGAGAGAAGUGGAGAGCAAAGCACUGGAAGAUGUUGCAUUGAGAAAAGUGAAGCAGAAGGAACUGCAAAGAAUAAUACUCCUAUAAUGUUACAAUUACUUGAAACAGAAACAAUCCAAACUAAAAGAAUAAGACAAGACCUUCAGGAGACUAGCCAAAAUACAGAUUUAUGUGCCAAUAACAGUAAUUCACCUAAUCUAUCACAAUUCAGUCAAGCAGCAGAACAGGAAAUGUAUGAGAAAUCAGAAUUUUCACUAUCAAGCAAAGAAGAGAUAGCAGCUGUAUCUGCUCAGCCUACCCAUAUUAUAAGAGCCGGGAUAAAAAAGAGAAAUGCCAAAGGGGAAAGUCGCCUGCACCUGGCUGCUAAGAAAGGAGAUUUAGCUUUAGUGAAAACUCUUAUAGCAUCUGGAAUAUGUGUAAAUCUAAAGGAUAAUGCAGGCUGGACAGCAAUUCAUGAAGCUUCCAACAGGGGAUUUACUGAGGUGAUCUUAGAGUUACUAAAAGCUGGUGCUGAUGUUAAUAGCAAAAGCCUGGAUGGAACUUUACCAAUACAUGAUGCAGUUUCUGGCAAUUAUUUCAAGGCAGUCAGUAUUCUACUACAUCAUGGAGCAAACCCUAAUGAGAAGGACAAGUAUGGGAAAAAUGCUUUGGAUGAAGCAUGCAAUGAUAAAAUGAAGGAAUUGCUUAAGUCUUAUGGGGCUACUGACAGUGAAGUUGCUUAUGAAACAACUGAGGUUACUGAUAUAGGUCCUUCUAGAUCAAGAAGACCAAAACAUACUUAUUAUGAUUGCUGUAAAAAGACUGAUAUUCCAUUGGUUUUGCACCAUGAUAUGACCAGAGAAAAAUGUGGCACAUAUGAGUCCAUCAUUGCCACAUUACAAGAUAUAGAAAAGAAGCAGGAAAAACUGUCGCUGUUUGAAGUAAGAAACCCAAAAGAUGAAGGACUGUAUAUUCAUGACCUGUCGCAGAUACAAGACAGUUUGAAUGAAGUGCUUGCCAAACAGAAAGCAGAAAGGGAUGUCCUAGCUAAAAAAUACAGGGCUUCAGUGGAGUCUUUUAAACAAGGAGCAUUGAGGGAACAACUAGUUAAACUUGCUUCUAGGCAAAAGAGUCUUUUGGUUGUGGCACAAAAACAGAAAGAACUAGGCCAGAAAAUAAAAAACUAUAGGAAAGCAAAGCAAGUGUAUUCUAGAUGUUCAAAAAAACAAAUCCCAAACUCAAUUAUUUCUCAUGAAAAGGACAACAGAGAUGAUCUGACUGUUGAUAAAAUAGUUCAUCCUGAUGUAGUAACAGUAAGUGUAGAUCCUGGUGCCAAAUUGACUAAUGGAAACCCAGUGGAAACACUUCUCCCUGGAGAAGGUAAAUUUUCAGAUCAAGAAUACAGCCAACAUCUAAACAGCUGCUUAGAUGAGACAGGAACAAAUGAAGAGGCAAGUACAAGCAAAGAAGUUUCUUCUCAUGCUUUGACAUAUGAAAACAAGGUUAGAGAAUAUACCUUUGAUAAGACGUCAAAGUCCACAGAUACUAUAGAAAUGGUAACAUUGCCGUCAGAACCUAUUAUUUGCAUUACUCCAACAAAGUGCUCACAGCAAGAAAAAAAUAAUUAUAUAGCAACUGCAGUACAAGGAAGCAAGUCUCCAAAUCCCAGUCCAGUAACCAGCAUGUUAAAUAUUUCAGAAGAUGAAAGUUUUGUUAUCAAUAAUAAUAUCCAUCAACCAAUCACUGAUAGUCAACAGGUUCUCACUGGUAAGACUCUGCAAAGAUGUGGACAUAGAAAUGAAGCUUCCCAGAAACAACCAAUAGUGGUGUCAGAAUCUGCAGAAAUCUCUCCUAUUACUCUUCAGCAAAAUAUCUUCCAAAAUAAUAGAACCUCAAGUAAUGCUACAGGUCUGGUCUCAUCUGUACCUUAUCCAGUAAACAGCAGUCAAAAUUCUUCACAGUACUCUGAUAAUCAGGAUAGUGAACAACAGCAAUUGAACUGCAGAGGAAAUAGAAGGAAAAAAAAUCGACUGAAAGAUCUACUUGAAUUAGGAAAGAUUAAGCCAGGAGAAAAUGUUCUAGAAUUCAAACUGCAGGACUUCAGCCAUAAAGUCACUCUUUUGGGAGAUGGUAAAAUCAGAACGAGUGACAAUAGAACUUAUGGGAAUCCAGUUCAGUGGGUUAAGGCACUAUUAGGAAGUGACAUUUCUGUGAGCUGGAAGUAUGUGUGGAAUAAGGUCACAUAUCUUGGAACAGAGCUGUCAAAAAUUCUUGUUGAAGAAGCAGGUAUUCCCAAUGAGCCAGAAUUACCAGCACAACAAAAACAGCCUUCUGAAUCGUCCCUCCAGUCUGACUCUGUAAAAAACUCCAGAAGCUUUCUUCAGUUAAAUGAGAUAGUAUUAAUAAAUAAUGAGGAACUUCUGCCAUGUCAUAUAAUGGAUCAGCAUUGGAAGUUCUAUGUGGAAUGUGAGAAUUUUGGAUUUUAAGAACUCUUCUGAUUUAUAACAGUUUUUCUUCAUCGCCAGUUAAGAGUAAAACUGACUUUUUAGAAUUAAAUUGCCUUGUUACUAGCAUUUAAAUAUCUUCUUUAGCCUGGUAGUAUGAAUGUAAAUCAGAUAUACUAAAAUAUUACCCAGUAUUUGGAUUUAAUACAAGAAACUUAAUUUACAGCAGCUGAAGAUAAUUGUCAAUGCUGAACUCAUGUUUUGUUUUACUAUUGAGACAAGGAAGUGUAGAGGUGAACAAAGUCCUUUUAUAAGUCACACUCAUUCCUAGCAUAAGUGGGUGCAACUCCAUUGACUUCAGUGGCAUUAUACCUGCUUAUACAAGGGCUGAAUAUUUCCUCACUUGUCCAGAUAAAAGCAGCACUGACAGUCAAUUUGCAACUAACUUUAGAGGCAGUCUGCUUGAUCACAUGCCACCCUAAAUGACUGCAAAGGUCCAUGUACCAAUAUAAGCCAUUUUGUUAAGCAAAAAUUAAGAUAAGCAACUUUUAAAAUAGCCAAUUGCUUUGCUUUGCUUUACAUGACCUAGAAAUGUAUUAACAUUUCUAGAAGGUGGGGGAAGGGGAUGGGAGCAGGGUGGGUAAAAGCAAAAUUUUAUCCAUUUGAAGUUCUCAGAUGUGGGGUUUCUCUGAUGACCACAUGUGUCCAAUCUGAAAUGACAGUGGAAGCACUAGUGCAUGGCAGAAAGUGCAACAAGGUCAUUUACUAGUAAAAUAAUAUUUUUUUUAUCUAACAGCAGCUUCCAAAUUUGCCCCAGCCUCCUGAGGAUUUGUAUUUGUUUUAAUUUUAAAACAUCUGAGUCUUCCCCAUUUAUACAACAUUUGACUAUUAUCAGGAGAGUGAUAUGCAUUCAAAUUGCAUUCUUGCUCUUUCACUCCCUGGAUUACAAGAAAUAGAAAAGAUGCAAAGGUAACACCCAAUACUGUUAAUUCCAGAGAAUGAGACAGACUGAGAGACUCAUGCCAAAACAUGGCAGCCUGUAAUGGUUAUUGGGGUGUGAAUUAUUGUCUUGAAGGAGAGUUGAAUACUGCCUUAGGCAAAAGGAGACUAUCAGGGCAUGAACUUGAUACAGGGGAAGGACAGGGAUGCUUCUAAUGGGAAGUUUGUUAAUACCGUGCCCUGUCAUACAUUAGUAGUCAUUGAUUGAUAAGGCCUUAAAGAUUGACAAAAUACAAACUGUCAUGAAGCCAAAAAGUUAAAGGCUUUUGAGUGGUAGGUAUUUAAUAAAGGUCAAUUUCCACACAGAAAAGAGAGAAACCGUUUUUCUUAGCUGCUACACUAGAAGAAUAGAAAGCAAAAUCAGUUUAAAGUAAAUGGUUAUUCAAAUAUAGUUCAUGUCUUGUUUGGAGGAGGCUACCAUCUUAUUUAAAAAAUGACCUUUGACUA